GGCAAUCAGCUUGCAGGUUGCAUCUCUUUCUCUUCUCUAUGGAAAUCCAUGAAGUGGAUCAUGGUCUUAUCCGCCAGUUGCUUGCAGAUUCAGAGGAGACUCUUGGUGCAUGUACUGAGAAAAUGCAGGCCCCCGCUCCAUAUAACUGGAGUGCUGACUGGAGCUUUUGGAUCUCAAGUUCAACUUAUAAAUAUAGGAGUGAGGAGUUUAAGAGACAGUUUUCACAUCUGCCAGAUUUGGAGAGGCUCAUAGUAGAUUAUGCCUGUGCCCUCCAGAAGGAUAUUCUGCUGCAGGGACGCCUGUACCUCUCUGAAAACUGGCUCUGUUUCCACAGCAACAUCUUCCGAUGGGAGACCACAAUUUCUAUUGCCUUGAAGGAUAUAACCUUCAUGACAAAGGAGAAGACUGCGCGGCUCAUCCCAAAUGCCAUCCAAAUUGUAACAGAAGGGGAGAAGUUUUUCUUCACAUCCUUCAGUGCUAGAGAUAGAAGCUACCUCAGUAUCUUCCGCUUAUGGCAGAAUGCACUGCUGGACAAGAGACUGACCAAACAGGAGUUCUGGCAACUGGUACAACAGAGCUAUGGCUCUGAGCUGGGCCUGAACAGUGAGGAGAUGGAGAGCUUUUACUCCUCCUCUGAAGACAAUGGACAAUCUAGAUCCAGCAUUUGUGAUGAUUCUGGAGACAGAGAUGAAAAAUUACCCAAAGCAAUCCAUGAAAUUCAUGAACCCAUCAUUCAGAUAGUAGAGGCAGAGCAAGUCCAUGGAAACACACUGCCAGGAGGGUCUGAGCAGGAGGAAUCCCAAAAUGAGAAGCAGAGCAAGAGGAGCCCUCUGUUGCCUUCAGAAAAUAAACCAGUUAAGCUAGAGAGAUGCAGGCUCCUAGCACAGUCCCUGGAGCCAAUCGAGAAUGAGAAUCUUCUGGAGAAGAGCAGUGCCUCAGAUACCGAGGAAGAAGCCAAGGAGACUGUCCCUGAGAAUGACCUGCAUGGGAGACUCUUUAUUAACAGAGUUUUCAAUAUCAGCGCAGAUAAGAUGUUUGAAAUGCUUUUCACCAAUUCCCAUUUCAUGCAGAGAUUUCUCAACACCAGGAAUAUAGUAGAUGCUGUAUCGACCCCUUGGAAUAUGGACGGCAGUGGCAAUCAGUUGAGGACCCUCACCUACACUAUAAUGAUUAACAAUCCGCUCGUUGGGAAGUACACAACUGCAACAGAAAAGCAGAUCCUGAAUAAACUGAGCCAGAAAGGUCAGUCAUAUCGGGUAGAUGCAGAGGUGCUGACACAUGAUGUCCCAUACCAUGAUUACUUCUACACUGUGAACAGAUACUCCAUCACCCGCACAUCCAAUCAGAAAUGCAGAUUACGGCUUUCCACAGAUGUGAAAUACAAAAAGCAGCCAUGGGGCCUCAUCAAGUCUCUAAUUGAGAAGAACACCUGGAGUGGGAUAGAGGAGAAUUUCAAACAACUUGAAUCAGACCUGCUAAUGGAAGAAUAUGCAAUAAACCAGCCUAUAGAAGAUCCUGGGAAACUUAUUGCCCUAAGAAGACGACGACGGAAUUUACACCGGAAUGUGGCAGAGCUGCUUCCUAAGCGUUCUUCACAGCACUCUUCUGGGGACAUUGGAUUAGAGUCCCAGGGCAACAUAGUUGCAGGAAGGAAAAGGGAUGUUGCAAGGAAGACCACAGCCAUCAUUGUGGUAAUGAGCAUCUUUUUGCUGCUCUUGGUUUUGCUGAAUGUGACUCUCUUCCUUAAACUAUCAAAGAUAGAGCGUGCAGCUCAGUCAUUUUACCGGGUCCACCUUCAGGAUGAGAAGUCCUUAAACUUAGCCCCUGACAUGGUGUCCAGGGAGGAUAUCCCUCAGCAUGACAAUGAACAGGUUCAGCAGGUGAAGGGAGUGCUGCAAGACUCUAUUGCAAUGCUUGAACAGCUGAAGAGCUCCCUUUCUAUGCUUCAGAGAAGCUUUGAUCACCUGAACAAGAGCAAGAGUGAUGAGACUGAGAGUUAACAUUACCAACGCCCACAACUCAAGGUGUCAUGAGGAUGAAGAUGCUGCAUGUCUGUUCGGGGGUGGGAGUUUUGAUAUUCUGUUGUCUCAGGACUUUUUACUAUUUUUUGCUCAGUAGCUGCUGGUGCAGCUAAUAAAGACCUCUGGAUAAAACAGGGCAGGUUCUGAGGUCCUGUAACUCUGAGAAUCUCUCCCCACCUCUCCCAUACAUGUGGUUUUCUUAUGAACAAGCCAGAGGUGUAAAUGAGCGAGAACAUUGUACUGUACUCUGUAACUGUGAUGUGCAAAUUACAGAGAAGAGCAACCUCAGCACAGCAAUGAUUGUAUCUAAUGAAAUCUGAACUCUUUUAUAUUGAUUUGAAGAAUCAUUGGCACUAAACUACAGCAGGGGCAGGACGGGGGAUGUUCUGUGAAGAAAUAACAGCAGGUAGUGGUUUUACAUAGCAAGGGUAUUCAUAUGCUCUUUCAUAGAUACACAUACUCUGUAAAACAAGUCAGCAGUUUGAAAUACCCAUAUUUAUUUUUUUAAGACUGUAUUUUUUGUUUCACAGUGAAAGAGCUCCAUGUUUAAUCUCUUAUUAAAUUGU